CUAGCAAAGGAGUUUAUGCACUGAAAUUUAAAUAUAUCCAUGCAGUCAUGAUGUUAUCUUGCAAUGUUUAAGUGUGCAAAAAUUAAACCCAUUGAUGCCAGUGUAUCAGUAGCCUACUGGGGAGGAAGAUGGUGCUGAUGGAGGAGCCCACAGCUGGACGGCGCAAACAACAACAAUUCCUGUGAGAAAGGCGAGGGGGACAAGGGAGCAUGCAUGUGUGUGUGUGUGUGUCUGUGAGUGUGAGUGUGUGUGUGUGUGUGUGAGUGUGAGUGUGUGUGUGGGGGGGUAUUUUACUUAUGUGGACUCAGAAUUCCUUGCCACGCCCCUGCUCGGAGGUUUACAUCUGUCAAGGCACCACAAGGCGCAUGAAAUGGACCACAACACUGUCAUUAAGAAGCCUGACCUAUCAGAAACUGUUCUAGCAGAGUCACGUGGGAACAUCGAUGGACUGAUAGGCAGGCGGAGAAAGAUGAGAGAGGAACUCAUGGCACUUCACUGAAGGAGAGGAGAGGCAAGUCCGUGCGUAAAAACUGAAGUUUACUGCGCAACAUUGGAGAGCCUCUGGACGAUAACAGAUUUUUCCCUCGAGUGAAAACUGCGAAAAGAAAAAAAACAGCAUCGGAGAGAGAGCUGCAGGAAAAGUGGUUGUAUGGCACCUCAGUCGUGCAUAAUGAAUCCUGCGCAAGGAUCCUCGGAGACCUCACCAGAGGACCGAGACGCUGGAAGAGACGAGCUGGACCUGUCAUCUGCCAGAAGGUGUAAAAGCAAAAGUGUAGAUCUGCCUUUCAGUGUGGAGUCCCUCAUCUCAGACAGGACGAAGGACAGAAGCCUCCAGUCCUCCUCAGAGCCUGGUGCAGAGGAGACAAAGUGUGCGUCACCGAGGGGACUUUAUCUGUCCAAACCAGAGGUGGACAUCAGAGACAAGGAGACCAGCACCUGGUUUCAGCCUCCUUACGCAUCUCCUCCAAGACUGCCCAGCCCGACCUCGUGCCCUCUCCGCAAACACAAGAACAACAGGAAACCCAGGACUCCCUUCACAACCACUCAGCUGCUCUCUCUGGAGAGGAAGUUCCGUCAGAAACAGUACCUCUCCAUCGCAGAGAGAGCAGAGUUCUCCAACUCGCUCAGCCUCACAGAGACACAGGUCAAGAUCUGGUUUCAGAACCGCAGGGCCAAGGCCAAGAGACUGCAGGAGGCCGAGCUGGAGAAGUUCAAGCUGGCCGCGAAGCCCCUGCUGCCGGCCUUCGCCUUUCCAUUCCCACUGAGCGCAUCACCCAUGGGCGCACCGACACUCUACGGGGCCCUGAACGCACCGCGGCCUGCCUUCCAAGUCCCAGGACUAUUUAGUGGACCAUAUGGGAUGUACUACUUGUCUUAACAUCACACACUUUGAACUGCAUCGUUGGGGAAAAGCUGCCUUUAAAAAAUGCCUUCAUACAGCAAAUAACCUACACUGCAAAAAUGUCCAUUUUAUGAGAAUUCAUGAUCAAUGAUGUAAUAUUUCUCACACAAAUCUGGUUUAAUUUUGAAAUAGUCGCUUCAUUCAAGAAACACGCGGAUCUGAAACAAGUGAAAUGUUUUCCCUCAAUUGGCAUUUUAAUUUUUUUUUAAUAUAAAAAAUGUAGUGGACCUUAUGGGAUGUACUACUUGUCUUAACAUCACCAACUUUGAACUGCAUCGAGCUGCCUUUAAAAAUGCCUUCAUACAGCAAAUAACCUACACUGCAAAAAUGUCCAUCUUAUGAGUCAAUCUGUGUGAAAUCUUUGAUUCAAUUUAAAAUAUGUUUCGUUAUAGUGAAAAAUGUAAUAUUUUCUCACACAAAUCUGGUUUAAUUUUAAUUUAAUUUUUCAAUCAGAAACAAGUGAAAUAUUUUCCCUCAAUUGGCUUCUUUUUUUUUUUUUUUUUUAACUUUUUAAAAAAAAUAUCAUACAGCAAAUAACCUACACUGCAAAAAUGUCCAUCAUUUAUGAGUCAAUCUGUCUGAAACCUUAGAUUACAUUUUAAAUAUGUUUCGUUAUAAUGGAAAAUGUAAUAUUUCUCACACAAACCUGGUUUAAUUUUAAUUACAUUUUUCAAUCAGACACAAUUGAAAUAUUUUCCCUCAAUUGGCAUUUUUUUUUUUUUUUAUACUUUUUUAUAAAUAUAAAUAAUAAUUUAAGAUUUCCUUUGCAGUAAAGUAUUUGUUCAAUUUUGCAGUGUAUUCAGUAAAUCUUUUUUUAAAUGAAAGACUCGCUGAGCUAAUUUUUCGGACAACAUCUUCAAAUUUCGUAUAUUGUGAUCUUUUCUAUUCCAAUAGAGGUUUUCUGUAAAUAUUUUUAGUCAAAGUGAUUUUAAUGUGGCAAGAGAUGACAUGAUUAUUUAAAAGGCCUGUAGCUUUGGGUUUAAAGCAAUAACUCAUAAAGUGAUUUACAUGAAUGUUUGAUUUCUAUUCCAGAGGCCUUUGAAUAUUUCUCACCUUAAAAGGACAGUUUUAAAUUUGGGGGGUAAAGAAAACACUGAAGAGCAUCAACCUUUAAUCAUUCAUAUUCAGUUAAGCCCCAGAUAGUCUAAAACUUAAUAUAGCUCACAGUCAGACUUUUUUUUUUAUAAGCUGAAGGUGGAAGGAAAAAGUUACCAAACAAACCUGAUGGGUGUAUUUUACCCAAAAUUAUGAUCAUAAAAUAAAAUUCAACAAAAAAGACGCAUAAUUAGUCCAACAGUAUAUCCAUAUAUAUGUAAAUAUGUGGGUCAUCUGUAAUAGCUCAUAAUCAAUAACAACAACCAUCAUGGAACAGACUAUGAAGUGUUCAUUAGUGCCUUUUCAUCAUCAUUGUAAUGAAAUCUAAAAUUGUUCUUAGAAGUUUCAUCUUCAAAAAUAUGUCUACCUUUGGCAUUUUAACAUGGAGCUGUUAUAUACUGCACAAUGACUUUUUUCAUGUUAACUAUGAACCGUGAGAUCUGUCAAGGUUACUUUUAUAUCUAAAACCACAGUUUAUAUUUGUUUACUUCUGAAUAAUUUUUCACAGUUUCAAAAAUAUAAAUCACCUAUAAAAUAAAUCUGCUUUAUACUAUUGUCAUUUCAUUUUUUUUUUUUUUUUUUACAUUACCUCAAAAGGAAAACUUUUUUGCACAGAUGUUCAAAGAGCUCUUAAGUCCAGUUUCAUUACUAAAUGUAAAUAAAAGUCAUCAGCUAUUUUUGCAAAACUUCAAAAUUCUGAUGGUGGACUGAUAGACUCACAUCAGUCAUUAGUGUACAGUGUAUUUUAUAUCUGAUGGAUAAAAAGAUGUUUUGUACAAUUAUUAAAAUCUAUUAUGUAAAUUCUGACAUCUGUCUUAUUUUUC